AUGAAGGCAACGGACGAAGCUCCCGCGGGCAAGACUGAGGGUAAUGGACUGCAAGCGGCCGAAAGCAAAGAAACUGCAGCUGAUGAAGCCAAAGAGGAAAACAAGGAGAAAAUUACCACUACAAUUGAGUCGCAAGUAACAACCGAAAUUGAGCUGAAGGAGGCCAAAGAAAACGAGCCGAAAGACGUUGAGGUUCUUGUAACGAAGGAAAUCAAAGAAACAACUGCGAUCAAAGAAACGGGAACAGACGUCGAGAUUCUUGUGACAAAGGAGUCAACUGAAACCAAACAGUCGGGGACAGACGUUGAGGUUACUGUAACAAAGGAGUCGACUGAAAUCAAAGAAUCGGGAACAAAGGAGUUCAAACAACCUAUGUUGAAAAAGAGGGCAGCUGAAGAUGUCGAUGAUGCGCCAGAGGCGAAGAAGCCAAAAGAGCGUAAAUUGAAAUUUGAAUCGACAUAUCUGCGAUCUAUACCCUCAGCUAGUCAGUACGAGAAGUCUUUCAUGCAUCGCGAUAUCAUCACACAUGUUCUUGCUACCGAGACAGAUUUUAUCAUAACUGCUAGCAUCGAUGGCCAUCUGAAGUUUUGGAAGAAAAAGUAUGCAGAGGGUGUUGAAUUCGUAAAGCAUUUCCGGUGUCAUUUAGCUUCAUUUUCUCACCUUUGUGUAAACUUCAAUGGUACGCUGCUUGCGACCGUUUGCCAGCAGGACAAGCACGUGAAAAUAUUUGAUGUCGAAAAUUUUGACAUGAUCAACAUUUUGAAAUUUGAAUUUGCUCCCAGAAAAGCGUGCUGGGUUCACCAAGGCUCCGAUGCGGUGCCCCAUCUUGCCGUCUGUGAUAGCGAUUCGGGUAAAAUACAUAUAGUGGACGGAAAAGGGACUAGCAUAUCAUUACAUACCAUUGAGAAUCUGCAUUAUGCACCCGUAAAAGAAAUUGAGUACAAUCAUGUCGUCGAUAUCGUCAUUUCUAUAGACGAUACUGGAAUGAUCGAGUACUGGAGCGGCCCAAAAAGAGAGUAUAAGUUUCCAGACAAUAUUAAAUGGAAAUACAAAACUGAUACUGAUUUAUAUGAGUUCGCAAAGAUGAAAACGACUCCCGUAUGCUUAUCUAUCAAUCCUCAAGGGACUAUGUUUGCUACCUACGGCGAAGAUCGAAGAAUCCGAAUAUUUUCUCUUGCUAAAGGGAAAUUAUUGCAAACUCUUGACGAAACAAUGAACAAAUAUGUGGCUGAGGCAAAGGAGCACCGAAAUUAUGGUUUACAAAAUAUGGAGUGGAAUAGACGAAUAGCUCUUGAGAAGGAAAUGGACAAAGAUCGCUCUAGUAAUCUUAGAAAUGUGCGACUAUGUUGGGAUUACUCCGGCUAUUUUGUACUAUAUCCGUCUCCUGUAGGCAUAAAAGUUUAUAACGUGUAUACACACCAAUUUGUUCGAGAAAUUGGUAAAGAGGAAACCAUGCGUUUUGUUGCGGUUACAUUAUGUCGGGCAGUGCCGGAUAUACGGGCUCGGUUACAAGGUGCAGCGGCAACGAUUGAGACAGAAGCUGCCGAUAAUCCUAACUUGAACAAGACAACGGACCCAGAUCCUAUCAUGGUUUGCUGCGCGUACAAGAAGAAUCGCUUCUAUCUUUUUACCAAUUCUGAACCGUACUCAACUGAUGAGGGGGAUGAAUCUGCCGUCAGCCGUGAUAUCUUCAACGAACGCCCUCGUAAAGAAGAUCAACUUACUGCUGUCGAGCAAGAAGGCGAGAUUAAGCAUGCCACUGAAGAGGCAGUUUUGCACACCACGAUGGGAGACAUUCGGAUACGACUGUUUCCAAAUGAAUGUCCCAAAACCGUGGAGAACUUUAGCACGCAUGCUAGGAGAGGCUAUUAUAACGGUUUAAUGUUCCACAGAGUUAUCAAAUCGUUUAUGAUACAGACUGGUGAUCCUACCGGAAAAGGUACGGGUGGACAGUCUAUCUGGGGAGCCGAUUUUGAAGAUGAAUUUCAUCCCAGAUUGCGACACGAUAAGCCUUUCAAGGUAUCCAUGGCGAAUGCGGGACCAAACUCUAAUGGAUCGCAAUUUUUCAUUACCGUUUGUCCUGCAGAAUGGCUCGAUGGGAAGAAUACCAUUUUUGGGGAGGUGAUCGAAGGAAUGAACGUUGUACAGAAAAUCAACCAAGUGCCGACAUUCGAGAAGAGUGGACGACCACGUAACGAAAUCUCAAUAAUGUCUAUAACCCUAAAGUAGAAAAUGUUAAUUUUAUGGAUAUGUUAACAAAUUAUCGCCCUCGGGAUAUAAAAAUGAUCUCCUUGAUGUCGUUCUCACUCGGGCAAGUUAGUUAGUGACGAUUUUUGCGGCAAUGCAGCCCAUGUUUCUAUGUUUUGAAUUUCGUAUACAACAU